AUGGAAGCGGAACAAAGACGUCGGGCCCGGAUAUCUGACAGCAUUGACGCACUUAAACGACUCGUUCCGCACCAGGGGCGGACCAACACGGCAGCAUUUUUAGCGGAGGUGUAUGACUACAUCGAAUCCCUGCAUUCCCGCAUUCGACGCAUCGAGGAAGCCACGAACUCAGCGGAGCAGCCCUCCCUCCCUGCUUCUGGAGCCAAAGCGGCCGACAACGUCAAUGCCCCGCCGCAAACAGCACUGGCUCCUAAUUCCGCUGACGAAGCCUCGGGUGACGACGCGGACGACGCGACGGUAGAACGGGCGCAAGCCAUGGAAGGCAAUUUUCGUGUUGAGGGUGGGGAAGAAGCACAAGCGCAGUGUCGCAUUGACGAGCAACAACGCGAGGGCUUCGAUCUGAAUAUGAUAGCCGUGGAAGGAACGGUGCGGGAGGGCGCGGAGCCACUAGAUGUUAGCGCGAGUGGCACAAAGACCGUUAAUGAGCUCGCGGGGAAGAAGCGGCGACGGGACAGUUUUGAUUCUUCUGUCGUUAAGCCGGCGUCCGGCGUAUGUGGACAAGACGGAACCGCAGAUGUGGGCACAAAACCGUGGUGGCUUCGCCAAAACGAGCUCAAGACAACCACGGCUGAUGCGCGGCGAGAAGGCGGUGAACUGGCCGCCGUUACAGUUGAGAGGCAACGAGUGGGCGGGGACGCGGCGUGGACAGAGGAGCUACCCGGACUGGCUCCUUCGCCGGAGCAUCCACGGCAGCAAGCGGAGCUUCAGAGUAAUGACGGCGUCUCCGCUUCCUCGCACCCUUCCACGGCACCUCCGCCGCUUGCCACUCCGUUAUCCGCGUCAACGUCCCCUUCUUGCUCCGCGGGCGGCUCUGCUGCGCUGGCUGCCUCCCCCGCUCCCCGCCGACGGGUCUCUGCGCCAUGCAAGGGUCGGCGCGGGCGGCCAGCGCUUGGCGCACGUGCGCGGACGGAAAUAUCGCCGUCUCCGCUUAGCAGCACUGGCGGUAACGGCUGCGGUGUGGAGGAGGAAAUGGAAGAUGCGGCGAAACGGAACGCAGCUGGUGCUCACGCGGCAGCGGCAGAAACCACGCAGGUCCGCGACACUGAUGCUGGCGAUGCUGACGGCCAAGUGGACGCUGCUGUGGAGGCGGCAUCGGUGCUGGCGAUGGUGGGAUCGUCAUGGUGUGACGCUACGCAGCCCAAUAACGCGCAGGCGCCCGCGGCUCCUCCAGCUGAUGCUGCCACGCCUGCUGCCGCUGUUGGUCCUGUUGCUCGAGUCGCUGGACCCGCCAACCAACGACAAGCACCACUGAAGCCAAAGCAACGACAUUUACAAUCAACCCGACUACAGCCACUUGCUGCUGCUCCAGCUUCCACGGUUGCAACAUUGCCUUUCGGCCUUCCAUCCUUCUCAAUGCAGCUUCCCAUGUUUACCACCAUGCAACCUUCUGCACUGCCUGCGGUCCAGCAUCCCUCGUUAGCUUCUGCGGCAGCAGCGGCUGCUGAUGCAGCAGCUGUGGCGCAGCAGUGGGGGAUGGCGGCUGCAGCAGCCCACAUCCAAGCACAGGCAGCAGCACAAGCUCAUGCCCAGGUUCAGGCGCUCAUGCAAGCAGUGGCUGCAUCAGGAGGCACAACUGCAAAUAAUGGUGGAGCUCUGCUCCCAGUCACAUCUCCUACCGGUGCAUCGCCUGCAUUCGUGGUUUCUGCCACUGCGCCCCAACAGCCAGCACUUGAAGUUGCACCAGCAGCAAAUGGAGUUUCGGCAGUGCCAGAAGCUGUGGCAGAGGAAGAAGUGGGUAGGAAACGGAGGCGGCGAGGUGCGGGUCAGGCCAAGGUGGUCUGA